AGAGGAGGGGUCAGACCAGACAGACCUGGAAGCAUGCCUCCACUCCCCAACCCCGUCGCUUGUCUUGGUCUUCGAGGGAGCGCCGCCGCCGCCGCCGCCACCCCAUCCCGGUGCCGAGCAGCGCCCCAGCCCGCUCUCUACGUCUCUCGUCUUCCUCCUCAUGCGAGCGCCUCCACCGCAGUUUCGAUUGUUAGCUGCGCGAUGAAGUCGUACCGGCUGUCCAGACUCAGCGACGCCGAAAUUAGCGGCCUCAAGGCACGCCCUCGCAUCGACUUCUCCUCCAUCUUCACCACGGUGAAUCCCAUUGUCGAAGAUGUGCGUGUCAGAGGAGAUGCUGCGGUUAAGGACUAUACGGAAAAGUUUGACAAGGUCGUACUCGACAAUGCGGUCGUCCGUGUUAGCGAUCUUCCGGAUGCAGAGCUUGAUCCAGCUGUAAAGGAGGCCUUUGACGUGGCGUAUGACAAUAUUUACGCCUUCCAUAUUUCACAAAAGUUGCCUGAGAAGACGAUUGAGAAUAUGAAAGGUGUAAGAUGCAAAAGGAUAACAAGAUGCAUUGGUUCUGUCGGGCUGUAUGUUCCAGGUGGUACUGCAGUCUUGCCUUCAACUGCAUUGAUGCUUGCUGUGCCUGCACAGAUUGCUGGAUGCAAAACUGUAGUUCUUGCCACACCCCCCAGUCGUGAUGGUAGCAUAUGUAAGGAGGUUCUUUACUGUGCAAAAAAAGCUGGCGUUACACACAUAUUGAAAGCUGGGGGAGCUCAGGCAAUCUCAGCUAUGGCGUGGGGAACUGCAUCAUGCCCAAAGGUUGAGAAAAUCUUUGGGCCUGGUAACCAGUAUGUCACUGCUGCAAAAAUGAUUCUUCAGAACAGUGAAGCUAUGGUCUCUAUAGACAUGCCUGCUGGCCCUUCAGAAGUUCUGGUCAUUGCAGAUAAAUAUGCAAACCCUGUUCAUGUUGCCGCUGAUCUUCUAUCUCAGGCAGAACAUGGCCCUGAUAGUCAGGUUGUUCUAGUUAUCGCGGGAGAUUUUGUUGAUUUGAGUGCCAUUCAAGCAGAAAUUAGCAAGCAGUGCAGUGCUCUUCCUAGAGGAGAAUUUGCUUCCAAAGCACUUGGCCACAGUUUCACUGUGUUUGCCAAAGAUAUGGCUGAGGCAAUAUCGUUCUCAAAUAUGUAUGCUCCCGAGCAUUUGAUCAUCAAUGUAAAGGACGCCGAGCAAUGGGAGGAGCUCAUCGAGAAUGCAGGUUCAGUUUUCUUGGGGCCAUGGACACCGGAGAGCGUGGGCGACUAUGCUAGCGGGACGAACCAUGUCCUUCCAACCUACGGUUACGCAAGGAUGUACAGCGGCGUGUCACUGAACUCCUUCCUCAAAUACAUCACCGUUCAGUCCCUGACUGAGGAAGGGCUGAGGACGCUGGGUCCGUUCGUCGCGAAGAUGGCGGAAGUGGAAGGGCUAGAGGCGCACAAGAGAGCUGUCACUCUCAGGCUGCAAGAGAUCGAGGCCAAUGUAACUGUGUAGCUCUUGUCAUGGUCUAAAUUGUAAUGUUAGUAGCAAUCGAUAUGAUGCUUGGGAACUAUAUGCUUCUGACAUUUGAUGUUUUUCUUCUUUCUUAUUGGAUGCGAACCUGCCAGAAUUUAAGAAGAACGUGUAGUGCAUGGAAUAAUCCUCCUUUCGUGAAUAAAACUUGUGAGCACAAUAAUACUCCA